UGUUGAUCUGCCCAACGCUCCGCGGCGCAACCAGGUGAGUGUGCAGGUAGGUAUAUACUUUGUAUCCUCUCCGUCCGCCCUCCUGGCCGUUUUCACCCUCCUUGCCAGUUAAUUGGAAGACUGUCCUCCAUUGCUCGUCGAAGCGUCUCAUCAAGUGAAUAACGUUUCUACUCACCCAAAAUGCGCUCUUCCACUCUCAUCCUCGCCCUCCUCGCCCUCUUCGCCGCCCACGUCGCAGCUGCGCCAGGCGACGAAGGGAGAAAGAGCCAUCCGCACAAACACCACGGAAAGUCGUCUACAAAGACCGCAACAAAGACCACCUCUCUGUCCACUAGCUCCUCAACAACAAGCUCAAUCUCGACAGCCUCUCCCACCCCAACGCCGGUCUGCCCAACUGGCACGGCGGCAUACUGCUGUCAAGUAGGCGGCAGCUGUUUCGCGGCCGGCACGCAAACUUCCAUUACGGCCUUCGCGGCGUAUUGCGAUGAAAACGGCACCGGGAUCGAGGAUCCCAAGUGCUGUGCUGGGCCGGGGGCGACGAAUUGUCAAAAUGCUUCGUAGACGAGGAACGGCACGCGGCGGACAAUAUGUAUGGAAGGAAAACGCGUCGGGUCUUCGUCCAC